AUGGUGGAAGAAUUAAAAAGAGUUUCUUUCACGUACCCCGCAAUCGACAACCAUGCGCAUCCAUUGUUGAAGGCAAUUCAUCGUUCAGCAGAGCCAUUCGAAGGACUUAUAUCAGAGGCUCAAGGAGAAGCGUUGAUCGAAGAUUCUGUGCAUACUAUGGCAUGUUAUCGCGCAACGUCUCAGCUAGCCGACUUAUUUGAGCUGGAAGGAGACGAAGUUUCAUGGCAGAAAAUCAAGGAAACCCGAGAUAAUUUCGAGUAUAGCCAAUUAUGUCAGAUAUGCAUGGAGCCGACUGGGAUUCAAUGUAUCUUGAUAGAUGAUGGCCUAGGAGGCGUCACAGAUCUAGCAGAAGAUUACAAAUGGCAUGACCAGUUUACCUCUAGUCCUACAAAGCGCAUAGUACGACUCGAGGUUGUGGCACAGUUCCUCACCAUGAAGGAUGUCCUCAAGGAUCUUAUCCACACGUCGGAAGAUCCGAUUUCACUUGAUCUACUUCUUCGGUCUUUCAGCACCGAAUUUUACAAGAACAUCUCGGUCUGUGCAGCCGAUGAUGAAGUUGCAGGUUUCAAAUCCGUAGCAUGCUACAGGACCGGUUUAGACAUCGGCGUUUCAUGCACGCAAAACGAGCUAGAGCAGUCUCUCGCUCAUAUUGUGGCUGCUUACAACGUCACGGAGAAGAGGACACUUCGUCUGGCUGACAAAACCCUUAACGAUUACCUCGUUCGCAUUGUCCUUGAUAUUGCGGGAAAGUGUAACAAACCAGUACAAUUCCACACAGGUCUUGGGGAUAAUGAUAUCAGACUCACAAAGUCGUCCCCCGCUCAUAUGCAACAAAUAAUUGAAGCAUUCCCACAAACCACAUUUAUCCUUCUCCAUUCCAGCUACCCGUACACACGCGAUGCAGGCUACUUGGCCGCAGUCUACAGAAACGUGUACCUUGACUUUGGAGAGAUUUUUCCAUUUGUGUCAGCCGAAGGCCAACGAGCUGUUAUCCGUCAAGUACUCGAGCUUUGCCCUACGAACAAGAUCAUGUGGUCAACUGAUGGACACUGGUGGCCUGAGUCGUACUAUCUGGGUACCGUUCAGGCUCGACUUGCUCUGUUUGCAGUCCUCUCUCACUCAGUACUUGAGGGCGAACUCUCCGAAGCGCAAGCUAUAUCUGUGGUCAAACUAGCACUUUUUGAAAAUGCCAAUCGAGUAUACCGCCUUGGGUUGAAACCAGAUCUCUCAAAGCUUUCGUGAUCGCCGCAAUUUGUAUAAACACGUUUUUCCGGACACCAUACAAACGCGCAGUGAUGAUGACCAAGAGAGGGUCUUCGCCCUGCGGCUCAAGCCUCAUGCAACUGUCAAUUUAAAGCAAUGUAGUUGUGAAUUUGAUAUAGGAUUUCUGUUCGGUUCUGUAGGUCCGGUACUUUGGUACAUAUUGAAGGUUCGAAUGCAAUGAAUCGAACUCUUGUGGCAUGCUUAGCAUGAGACCGGCGUAAUGUUGAUGUUCAGAUUGUAUUUCUGUCAAAGUAAUCCAUAAAUACCA